UCUACUGGUUUCUCUGAAAGCAAUCGCCGUCCAGGUGGAACUUCACCCUCCUCGAAUCUUCACAAUUUGUAAACGAUGCAAUUCGAUGCCAAUAAUUUUCCGUGUUUUAUCCCAUUAGUUUCACUCUGAAUUGGUCCUAGAUUUCCCCCCUUCAAUUAUCAAAACCUCUGAUGUGUCAGAUCUGAUCAGUCUAAGUUCUACACAACUCCUAGCUCCAGUACCAGACUUCCGUACCGUUUUCUGUUCUUUACCAUGGCAACGCCACCGCUCAAGGCCGUGACUCUGACCCAUGUUCGGUACCAAAAGGGUGACCAGCUCGGCCACUUUCUGGCCUGGGUGUCGCUAGUCCCGGUCUUCAUCAGUCUCGGUGGCUUCGUUUCUCAUUUCAUCUUUCGUCGCGAGCUCCAGGGAAUUUUCUUCGCUCUCGGCCUUCUCGUUUCCCAAUUUAUCAACGAGUUCAUCAAGACCUCGGUUCAACAAGCACGUCCCGAGACAUGUGCUUUGCUGGAGAUGUGCGAUUCACAUGGAUGGCCCUCAAGUCAUUCUCAGUACAUGUUCUUUUUUGCCGUCUACUUCACGCUCUUGACUAGUAAAGGGAUCGGGUUCUGGGAUUCGAAGAACAACUUGAUCCUGAAUUUUAUAAUAUGGUCUCUGGCAUUCUUAACCAUGUACUCUCGGGUUUAUCUGGGUUACCACACUAUGGCUCAGGUUUUUGCAGGAGCUACUCUGGGAAUUUUUCUUGGCGCGUCAUGGUUUCGGGUCGUCAAUUCUAUUUUAAUUCAGUACUUCCCUGCUAUUGAAGAGAGUGCAUUCGGAAGGCAGUUCUAUAUUAAGGAUACUUCCCAUAUCCAUAAUGUGUUGAAGUUUGAGUAUGACAAUGCCAGGGCUGCAAGAGAAAAUCUGGCGUCCGACUCUAAAUCUGACUGAUUCUUAGGAGAUAAAUCGAAAGUUUGUCUUGGUAUCAGAGCAAAGAAAGGUAAAUCACCAAUGGCCACAUCAUCUCCUUUUGCUCACUCGUCAAAUGCAUCCAGCAAUGCAUCUAGCUCAUUCCUUGCUGCCACAGACCUUGGAAAAAUUGCUGGUACCCCUAUAUCUCUUCUAGCGGGAAUUUCUGUCAAGUUAGACAGAACCAACUUCACUGUUUGGCAGACUCAUGUUCUACCAAUCAUCAGGGGCUUUAAGCUUUAAGGCCUCCUUAAUGAUACUAAACCUUGUCCUCCUUAGUUUAUUACUGAAAAUGGCAACAUGAAACUUAACCCAAGAUUUUAAAGACUGGGUUGCAGCUAAUCAAAUAUUAUUUGGUUGGCUAUCAAACACCAUGACUCUGAAUAUUUCUUCUCAAAUGACUCACAUUACCUUUGCUGCAACUUUAUGAAAGGCAGCCAAACAACCUACUGGAGCUCAAACAAAGGCAAGAGUUCUUAGGCUUUGCAUGGAACUUCAAUGUACCAGGAAGGGUACGUCUAUUAUGAAUGACUAUCUUUCUAAAAUGAAGCAUAUCUCAAAAUAACUCACUAUUGUUGGACAUCCUAUCAAUAUGCCUGAUCUUAUUCUUCAAACACUUAUUGGUCUUGAUGCUAAGUAUAACCCAGUAAUGGUUCAACUUGCCAAGGAAUCUGAUGAACUUAAUUGGAUUGACUUUUAAGUUGAGUUGCUCACUUUUGAGAGUCAGGUAGGUUAGCUUUUUCAAAUCUCCCAGCUUCAAACUUCUCAACACAACCUUGCUCAAGUUUAAUCUACUAUUAGGGAAAAUUGGUGCCCACGUGGUUGUGGUGGAUGUCGAGGCUGCGCUCACUUCUCUCGUGGUGGCCGUGACUUCUUUACUCUUCCUGAAAACUAAAACAACACCAAUUUUGAGCGUCCUCAAUGUCAGCUAUGUGACAAGUUCAGACACCUUGUUGAUUAAUGCUUCUAUUGUUUUGAUAGAAACUUUACCAAGGGAGGCGGAAGCGAGAAAAAUCCCAAUGAUAGAAACACGUCUAAUUAUAAUGCUUUUUAGGCCACUCUUGAAUAUGUUUCAGAUGAUACUUGGUAUCUUGACAGUGGAGCUACUAGUCAUGUGACCAAUGAUCUUACUUGCAUUAGUAAUCCUGUUGACACAAAUGGUAAGCUUAGAAUUGUUACAUGUAGUGGUGAGAAAUUACAUAUUGAAAAAGUAGGUUCCUCCACUAUGCAAAACAUUUCUAAUUAAAGUAUUAAGCUUGCAAAUAUCCUUUAUAUACUAAGAGCUAACAAAAAUAUGCUUAGUGUGUAUAAAGUUACAAUAGAUAAUAAUGUUGAUGUGGUGUUUAACUCAAAUAGUAUUUGUGUUAACUCGACUAGUGGCAUGUUUCGAAUACAAGGAAGAAAGGCUCAGGAGGAGAGUAGUAAAAAAGAAUCAAUCUUAAUUGCUGAAGAAGUAGAUGAUACAGCACUUAAAGAUAGUAUUAGCUAUAGCACUAGUAAAAAAUUAUGACAUUAUAGACUUGGACAUCCCAAUGAUAGAAUUUUGCAACAAGUUAUUAGUGAAUGUAACUUAAAAAUUACUCAUAAAGAUGAGCCUAUAUUUUGUGUGUCAUGUAAAUUUAGUAAAUCUCAUUCAUUGCCUUUCAAAUUAUCUAUUUCACAUGCAACUAAGCCUUUUAAGUUAAUACACAUAGAUUUAUGGGGUCCUUCCCCUCUAGCCUUUUAAAAUGGUUUUUGAUAUUACAUAUUGUUUCUUGAUGAUUGCAAUCGCUACUCAUGGAUCUACCCUCUAAAAAUAAAAGAUGAAGCAUUACCUAUAUUUAUCUAGUUCAAAAACUAUGCAAAAAAAAUAGUUUGAUACUAAAAUCAAAAUAGUUCAAAGUAACUGGGAAGGUGAAUAUUGUAGCUUCAUUAAAUUUCUUAAUGAUGCUGGUAUUGUGUUUAGACACUCAUGUCCACACAUAUCUGCUCAAAAUGGAAGGGCAGAAAGGAAACAUAAGCAUAUUGCAGAGAUUGGCCUUAUACUUCUAGCUCAAGCAAAAAUGCAUCUACAUUAUUGGUAGGAGGCUUUUCAUAUUACUACUAAACUUAUCAAUAGGUCACCUUCUACUAUUUUAGGUGGAAUUUCACCUCAUCUAAGACUCAUGGAGAAAAAUUCUAACUAUGAUAACCUAAAGGUGUUUGGUUGUGCUUGCUAUCCUUACCCAAGGCCUUACAAUCAACACGAGUUACAAUUUAGGCCCUUUAGAUGUGUGUUUUUGGGAUACAGUAACUCUCAUAAAGGCUUCAAGUGCCUUACAUCUACGAGUAAAAUUAUUAUAUCCAGACAUGUAGUGUUUAAUGAGAAUGAUUUUCCUUUUGAAUCAAGUUUUGCAAAUAAAAGGAGCUCACCUAAAGAUCAAGUAGAUCCUAGUAUCUUCUUUGCUCCACUCUACACUUUUAAAUCAAGUACUUGUUCAAACUCAUCAAUUAUGUAGAAAACACUGAUCAAGUUCUUGAAUUUACACCACAUAUGACUCCAGCAUCUCUAUCGCAUGAAUCUCACCUAUCACAAUAAAGAUCAGUCAACAUCCAUAAGAAAUUCUUCUAAUGCAGUCAAUAUUAAAGCAUUACAAAGUCAAGAUAUUGAAACACCUAUAGAUAGCAUUUAGAUUUCUAACAAACUUGUUGUAAUAGGUAAUUAACAUCAGAUGGUCACUAAAAGUAAGGCUAGCAUCUAUAAACCUAAGGCUCCUUAUGUGAGUAUUGCGCAAACUAAAUCUAUCUUAUUAGAAAAACCUCAUAGUGCCAGAGCAGCCCUCAAAUAUGCUGAAUGGAAAGAAGCAAUGGUGGAAUAAUAUAAAGCUCUCAUUCAAAGUGGUACUAGACCUUGGUAUCGUUUUCUAGUCAAAGACAUAUUGUGGAUUGUAAAUGGAUUUUCAAGAAUAAAUUUAAUGCAGAAGGAUUAUUACAGAAAAGAAAGGCUAGAUUUGUGGCCAAAGGUUUUCAACAAAGUCCUGGAAUUGAUUAUGAUGAGACCUUUAGCCCUGUUUUGAAGGCUACAAUUCUAAGAUUUAUUCUUAUUACUGCUGUUACAUUUAAUUAGCCUAUACAACAACUUGACAUUAAUAAUGCCUUCUUGAAUGGUUAUCUAUAAGAGGAAGUGUUUAUGAGGCAGCCAGAAGGUUUUGUUCAUCCUAAAUAUCCUAACUAUGUGUGCGUACUCAGAAAGGCUCUUUAUGGACUCAAACAAGCCCCCAGAGCUUGGUUUGAAUGGCUAAAAAGUACCUUACUCAAAUAGGGAUUCAUAAACUCUAGGUGUGACACUUCCUUAUUCUUUUUCAAGUAGAAAGGUAUCAUUUUGUAUGUUUUAAUCUAUGUAGAUGACAUCAUAGUUACUAGCAAUUCAUUAAGCACACUAGAAAGUUUAUCAAGCAUCUUAAUACCUUAUUUUCCUUAAAAGACCUCGGUCUUAUUCAUCACUUCUUAAGUAAUGAAGGUCACGGAAAGGAGACCGAACUAUAUCUCAAACAAGAGAGGUACAUAUUAGACUUAUUGAAGAAAUCAGGCAUGGAACACUGCUCAGCUAUCCCUACUCCAAUGGUAGUUAAUGAGUACUACUCUAAGACUAAUAGAGUUCUACUUAGGGAUCUCACACCUUACAGACAAAUCAUUAGCGCCUUACAGUACUUAAUUAACACUAGACCAGAUAUUAUAUUUGUUGUAAACAAACUAAGCCAGUUUCUUAACUCACCCACGAAGAUUCAUUGGCAAGCAUUAAAGAGAAUAUUGCGCUAUCUCAACAAUACCUUUGAUCUAAGUCUACACAUAAAGCUAGAUAACCAUAUUACCUUACAAGAUUUUUUAGAUGCCGAAUGGGCUGUAUGUCCAAAUGAUUGAUGGUCUAUUAGUAGCCAUUGUGUCUUUCUCAGUGACUCUCUCAGAUGUUGGUCAACUAAGAAACAACAAGUUGUGUCAAGAUCCAGUGCAGAAUGUAAGUAUCGUGCACUAGCUAACCUUAUGGCUAAGCUAGCUUGGCUUCAAUCCCUAACUUCUGAGAUCAAUUUGCCUCUUCGUCGCCCUUUGAUUGCCUGGUGCGACAAUAUUAGCACCGCUGCCAUAGCUUCGAACCUAAUUUUCCAUGCUAGAUCUAAGCACAUCAAACUUGAUGUGUAGUUCAUUUGUGAUCGAGUUCUCGAUCAAGAGCUGGUUGUAUGAUAUGUCUCUUCUUCUAAACAAUUGGCUGAUUUAUUUACCAAGGCACUUUCUCACUUGCAUUUCUGUAGGUUGUGAGGCAAAUUCAAUUUGAUGCAUAGCCCAACUCUCAUUUGAAGGGGAAUUUUAAGACCAAAACUCAAAAAUAAGUAAAGCCCAUAACAUAAAUAUAAGCCCAAUAGAGCUGGGCCUCUUUUAUUUACUCGUAUAAUAUUCAUCUUCUUCAUUCUUUUACAGUCCAUUAUUACACGUGUACAUUUUACAUGUAUUCUAGGGUUUGUACUGUCACUAUAUAAGGCUGUAAAUAUAUUGGGCUAUGUAGCCAACAACUAUUACUAUUCAAUAUACGGAAAGUUUGUCUUA